CUGAAGGCGCUGCAUCAUCAGCAUCCGCUGCUUCGCGCUGCUCGAGGCCGCAGUGUCUCAGCACACACACACACCUCCCCCACAUCGCAUCCUCACUCACGCCCUGAGCACGAGAUGAAGUAAAGGGAUCAGUUCUCCCCACAACCACUGUACGGAUCUAACAUAUUUCUCACCAUGAGCAUCGCAGUGUCGCCGGUGGCCAGUGAAGCUGCCUCACCUAUGAUCACCUCCAUCACUCCCACCUUGGAGUCCAGCUCUAAACAUGGUUCAUGUGAGCCUAAUGAAAGUGGAGAUAAUGAGUUUCCGAGCCCAGGACUCCGCCUGAGGUCUCAGAAACCCCCUCCCCUACACACAGGAGCUGACUGGAAAGUGGUGCUUCACCUGCCAGAGAUUGAGACUUGGCUGAGAGCUACAGCAGAUAGAGUGAAAGAUCUUACGCAGUCGGUGCAGCAGGACAGCCUCAACAGGCAUGUGGAUGCUCACCUGUUACAGCUAAAGGACAUCUGUGAGGACAUAUCAGAUCAUGUGGAGCAGAUCCAUGCGUUGCUGGAGACUGAGUUCUCCCUGAAGCUGCUGUCCUAUUCGGUGAAUAUCAUCGUCGACAUCCGGACCGUGCAGCUCCUUUGGCAUCAGCUGCGUGUGUCUGUGCUGGUUCUGAAGGAGAGGCUUCUCCAGGGACUACAGGACUCCAACGGCAACUACACCCGGCAAACAGACAUACUGCAGGCUUUCAGCCAGGACCACGACCAGGCUCGACUGGACUCCCUGACAGAGGUGGAUGACUCGGGUCAGCUGAUUAUUAAAUGUAGUCAGGACUACUUCUCCCUGGAUUGUGGCAUCACUGCCUAUGAACUGAGUGACUACAGCCCCAGUGAAGACGCAGAGGGCCGAGGCCUGCCUCAAGAGCCGCGCUCUCUCUAUCCUGAGCUGGAGCGGGACUUCCCUGAAUUGCUUCAGAGUGUAGAUCUUCUCACUAUUGCUGCCUCCAGACAGAACCAAGAAUCUUCCUCGCCUACACAGGAGAAAUUAAUCAGAUCCACACAGGGUUCUGUGGCUGAAAUACCAAGAUCCACCCAGGAGCCUGUGGAGGAACCAGCUGAUUUAAACCAGGAAACUCAGAGCAAGCCCAUGGACCAAGCAUCAUCCAUAGACACAGAUAUGCAGUGUGAAAAUGAUGUUGGCCAGUCCAAGCGUCCACUACAAGGCUCUUACAGUAAUGCUGUAUCACCUACUCAGCCCUCCAUGCCCAAGAAGCCCAUGUUUGUAGUAGAAUCGUCUCUGCAGUACCAUGCUGACAUUAGCAGAAGCACACCAUCUCUUUUGGAUCUGCCUGAUCGUUCUAGAUUUUGGCUGGACCUGGAGGCAGUGUACCCCAGCAGCGGGACUCAGUCAGAAGAGAAUCUUCACGUCAUGAAUGCAAAGAAUCGGCAUGCGACUCACCAAGCAGUUUUCCAGAAGCACAGAGUCCAAAUGCCCCACCAGAGAAGCUUUUCUGUAGCUGAGCAGGUAGACAACACUGAACACAGUAACCUGUACUCACACUCAAACAGCAAGCACUUCAGAACCAUGCAGGUAAACAGUGACUCCUCCACUCCACCACCCUCUUCAGGGGAGGAAACUUCAAAUCAUGAACCAUGUGAAAGCUCUUCCAGUCUGGAUGACCGUCUUCCUACUACAUAUUCUAUGUUGAUCAUGCCGAAACAGGGCUCUCAAAUUGCAGAGAAGAACAGUAGCCCUAAAGAUGAUUUCUGGUAUGGCUCUGAGGAAUUUCUUGCCCUUCCUGCCCAGCUGAAGAAGACUGAAAUGUUGGCCUCAAAGUUGGAAAGUUUGGCCCAGGCUUUACCUCCAAGAGCCUUGCAGCAAUCAGUUCAGGAUGUGGACAAUUGGGAGCUAACAGAGACCAACACAGAAUGGGAGACCAAUAACCAUCUGUUUUCUCCUCGGCCCAAUAGGAAGCACUUCUCAACAGGGAGGUUUUCAUCAUCAUCCAGUGAUGUGGCUCCCUCUGUAGAUGAAAGUAUCGAGUCUGGACCCCUCAGUGAUUUGCUAUCAGAAGAUGAGGGUGGCUGGUGUGCACUCAAGUCUCGAGGAGCUGAGAGGAAUACGGUGCAACCUGAGGCCUCCAGGAUGGUGCUCCAGUGUACACCUAUGAUUGAGCAGCUACUGGAAGACAUCCAGCACCAGGAGAACUACCAGGACAUUUGGGGAAAGUUAGAGGGCUUUGUCUCUAACCUGGACGAGUUUAUCUGCUGGCUGAGGGAAGCACUAGAGAGCACAGAGAACUGGACUCCACCACGAGCUGAUAUCAACAGCCUCAACCUUUACCUGGAAACACAUCUUAGCUUCAAGCUGAACGUGGACAGUCACUACGCUCUGAAAGACAGUCUACUGGAGGAGGGGAGGCAACUGCUGGAACUCAUCACCUGCCACAAAUCAGGCCUCCGGGACAUACUCCAGAUGAUCGCGCACCAGUGGCAAGAGCUUCAGAGGCAAAUCCGCCGGCAGCACAGUUGGAUGCUGCGCGCACUGGACACCAUCAAAGCCCAGAUUCUGUCCACUAAGACAGACAAGACCCCUAAAAACACAGAGGACCCCAAUCUCCAUGCCAGCUCUGAGGUUCAGCAGUGUUACAGAGAGGCCCAGACUGAAAUUCUGGAUCAGAUCAGUAUGAAACUUGGACAGCAGCACUAUUGUUCCAGCAGAAACAAAAACGUCUCUUUCAAGUCCACCAGCCUAUCAGAGUUCGAGAGUGAGUACCAGCGGCUCUGGGAUUGGCUGCUGGACAUGGAGUCCAUUGUGACAGACAGCCAUGAGCUAAUGAUGUCAGAGGAACAGCAGCAGCAUCUCUAUAAGGGAAACCGUGUGGAGAUGGCCAUGUGGCUCCCAAAGAAAACGCAGCUCCUGGGUUGGGCCGAGAGUCUGCAAAGAAGUAGCAUCGAGCUGCCUGAUGACUUUGAUGAACGCAUGGCUGCUCUUAGGGUCAAGUGGGAUCAGUUAGAGAAGAGCCUAGGAGAAAACGUGGAAGUACAUCCGGGUGAGCAAGGUACCCGCGGACUGCUCUCGCCAGGCACCAGCAGCAUGGUCACUCAGCUGGAGCUCAAGAUCAAAGAGCUGAAGAGCUGGCUCAGAGAAACCGAGCUCUUCAUCUUUAACCUAAACCUUCGUGAGGACGCGCGGCAUCACGGCCAUGCGGACGCCUCCUGCGAUGCCCAUCAAGCCCCGUUGCCAGACCCACAACACGACCCACAACCAAACCAUGACCAAGAUUUGCAAGCAGAGCGACAAGCUGUCAAGCAGCUGGAGCGCUUCAAGGCUUUAUGUAUCGAAGUGCGAGGACGGAGAAAGGGGGUGGCCUCAGUGCUACGUCUGUGCCAGAGGCUCCUGGAAGGGCCAGAGGAGCAAAGCUCUGAGGCUGAUCGUCAAUCUCUCCAGCUACUUCAAGUGAACCUCGAAAGGCGCUGGGAGGCCAUCGUCAUGCAGGUGCUCCAGUGGCAGAGUCAUCUCAAGUGCACUCUGGGCCGAGACCAGGUUCCAGGCAACCUGAUUGAACCAUCACUGAUGGACCUCCGUGGCGCAUCAGAGGACUUUUGGGAAUGGGAUGAGAUUGAUAUGACCAUAGGCAAUAUGGAAUCACAAGAAAAUGAGGAGCAAGACCAGUCAGAAAAGCACCAGCAGGAGCAAUUUGAGGAAACCUGCCCUUCACAGAGCAGAAUGAGCCUGGAUGGGUUUCACUCAAAUCCCCCUACUUCCCGUGUUUAUCAGGUGUUCAGUUUGCAUAGUGUCGAAUUAUAUCAACAACCGCAGUACAAUCUGAAGUUGUCUUCAAAUAUCGCCAAACCCAAAGAGAAGCAACCAUUGCUAAAAAGCUUGAGCAAAGACUCUUCUUUUUCUUCAGUAGAGUCACUACCUGACAUCAUAGCAGGGCUUGUGAGUGGGAAGCAGGGGGUGCUGACAGAUUCAACCAGGAGAUCAGAAAGCGAGAGUGGAAUAGUCAGCGAGGGUGACACUGAAACAACAGCUAAUUCUGAGAUCUGUCUGCUUUAUCAGAGUGAUGAUCCAAAGGUGCAGGUUACUCUUAAUCCCCCGAGCCAUUCAGACUCACCUUGUAUAGAUGGAGUUUUAGAUGAAGACAUAGAUAAGAUACUGGAAUGUGCUAACAAGUGUGCUGAGCUUGAAAACACUAUGGCACAAAAGACAGAGGGCCAACAAUAUUUUAUUAGAAAGAAGAAAACAGAACAAUCUGAAGAGGGCAGAAGGAAGCAUAAAAAUGAACCAGUGGAAAUUCUUAUUAAUGGGCGCUGUCUUAGUCCCGAAUCUGAGGACGAGGGCCAUGAAACUGGAGCUUUCAGUGUUGGGUAUGACGAUGAGGGGAAGGUCAGACGAGAGUCUACUCGUUUAUCUCAGGGAUCUUCAUUAGAUUCCCUCUAUGCAGUGGGUGAAUUCUUUCCAUCAGCCAAAGAGACCCUCACACGUAGCAUGUCGCUGGAGAGCUGGCUUGCUCCAUGUAAGAGUUCAGAAGACGCAGGGAGUCAGGGUAGCCUGGGGGACUUGGACUUGUCUACAGAGACCACCGGGGACCUAAGCAGGAGAACUCUAGAGCUGCUGAAACGCCUAGAAAACAUCCAGACUCCGCUUGCCCAGAAGAUCACACGCAGCAUUUCUGAUAUUACCCUUCCAAGUAGCUCUCUGCAUCUCCUGGGACGGGGAUCCCGUUCGGGGGGUGCCCCUUCCUCCAUCAAUGAGAGUUUGGCAGCUUCACUCACAGAGCUAAGUAGCAUUGAGGACUCAUCUGUAGCAUCUGAGGAUCUGGCUGUGCAGAAAAACCGCUGCUUGGCUGCCAAUUCCAAUGCGUCCUUCCGGAAGCAUAGCCGCAGCCAACAGCUGACAGACGAGACAGACGGAAGUGUGAGCAUGGUGGUGAAUGUGUCAUGUACCACAGCCUGUACUGAUGAUGAAGAUGACAGCGACCUGCUUUCUAGUUCUACUCUCACUCUUACAGAGGAAGAACUGGGCAUCAAAGAUGAUGAAGACUCCAGUAUUACCUCUGAAGAGGAGUACAUAGAGGGCACAUUUGCACUGGGACUAGACUACAUGAAGGGCAAGUUUCAGAGCUGGGUCAAACCCAGAGCCCAAAACAGGGAAAGGAAUGAGGCAGACCUUGGUGAUGAGUUGCAAUGUGGAACUUUGUCUAGAGAGAUUCUGUCGCCUGUGAGGACCUUUAGUGAUCAACAUUUCUUGAAUCAGGCUACUCUGAAGCUCCUGGAGGCAAACUCCAAUGCUAAAAAUGACAGCCUCAAGAAACAAGAAGUGGACAGCAACCCAUCAGAUGUUACUAGAAAUUACAUCAGCAGUUUUGUUGAUGACAUGGAGAAUGGCAAUGUGGAUAGCUCGCACAUCAAAGGGAGGGAUGAGGAUGAGCUCCUUAGAGAGGAAGGGAGUCUUUUUACUAAGAAAGGAGAAUCUUUUAAGGAUUGCUACACCAUGGAUGAUUUAAAAGGUGAUGUAAUGAGCAUGGUGGUCACCGCCUCCCCAUCCUCAUGUGGGCAGAUAAACUUGCAGUCUCGAGAAUCAUCUCUGGAAGGCCAGCUGAAAGGAGAACUACCAUGCCACAGCUCCCGGAAUCAACUCCCUUCCCUGUCGCCAUUAGAGGAGUGCUCGACGUCUCACCAUAGCAUGCUGGGAUUAGCUCACAAGACUUCCCAGAACCAGUCAGCAUCCAUUCUGAACCAUAUCCAUGAAAAUCAUAACGAGAGCCCAUCAGACUGUUGUAGCCACCAGUCAUUUUCUUCGAAUGAAGAGAGAAGCGAGGAUGUCCACAGCUUUGUGAUGGAGAUCAUCGACAUGACAUCAGUUGCGCUGAAAACUAAAGAUGUCCAAGCAGAGGAAGCUCAGGAAUCCCCUAGUCCCACCUCAACUUCCCAGAUCAAAGAGAAAGUCCUGGAACAUUCUCAUCGGCCAAUCCAUUUACGCAAGGGUGAUUUCUAUUCGUACUUAUCGCUUUCCUCUCAUGAUAGUGAUUGUGGCGAGGUCAGUACAUGCACAGAAGAAAAGAGUAGCACCCCAGUUCUCUCCAGAACCCCAGAAAUCCGUGAUGAAGAGCCUCUAUUUGCGGCCUGCACAGAAGAGGUCUAUUUAGGUCCUCCGCUCUGCUACAGCAUGUCCAUUAGCAAAAGGCCCACGAGACGCAGCACCAAACUAAUAGACCCCUUCUGUCCCCUGAGCCAAGCACCUCCACCACCCAGUAAUGAAUACCAAAAAGCACAUGGUAUUUCUCCAGGAAGUAUAGCUGGAACCCAGCCACAGUGCCAUAAUGAGGCUCCUUAUCUUAAUCCUUUACCAUGUGAAACCGUGAUAGACACUGUUGAAUGUUUUGCAGAUACUAAAAUGCUUGAAUCCAAUAUUUCCCCUGUAAUGACUAAGAUAAGAGUCUCUUGCUCCAGUACAAAUCCUUUAAAAGAGGAAAGCGGACUCAAUAUUAAUCCUAAAAUUAACUGUCCCCUGAUAAGAAAAAAUGAUAGGGAUGAAAGAGGUGAUGCUUCACAGUGGAUGAAACAGAAGAAUGUCAGAAAAGGGUGCAGCUUUCCUCAGGAAGCCAAGUCGAGUUAUAAACAGUUGGCAAGGUCAGAGCGCGGUGCUGGACCGGUGGAGACAGACCGCAGGGUUUCGCUCAGUGCACGCCGUUCAGACAGCUCAUCGACCGUGAGGAGUGGAGUGAGCAGCAGACCCCAGGCCAAGAGGCUCUCAGGAAAUCUUGCUAUCCCUGCCUGUAGGCACUGACUGAGCGAUUCCAUUGCUGCAUAGCGUUUCUCCGAGCUGGGAUCUUAACACAAUCCUGGAGCAAGGACCUCUCACCAAGCACUGUAAUACACUAGUGCUUGCUCCUGACCUUUGACCCCAAAGACAUCAUAGUGGCACUGUUCUUCUGUACUCACUGCUCACCCUGGACUGAGCUACCUCAUCGUCUUCCUCCAAACUCCCCGUUAUACAUUAAUGCACUCUCAAACACACACACACACACACACACACACACAGACACACACACACACACACACACCAACACACUCGCACAGAGUAGCUGUCACGAUAGCUAGACAUGGCUUUGCACAUCUGUAUUUGUCAUUUGCAAUUUGAGCGCAAGAUGUGAGGUGCAGCACAUUGUUGAGGUCUACAUUCAGACCACAUAUUCAGUAUGUGACACUUUGUCUCAGUCAGUCUGGAAAGCAGCUCCAGUUUGACUCAGUUCUACUCCGCAUAAGCCGCUUUAGCAGACAAAGCCCGGAUCUACAGACUGUUAAACUGAAUGAGUGUCGAGGAGAGCUAUCUAUGCAACCCAACAUGUGGGUGUGGUUGUGUGGCAUGGAUAUUCCACUGGUUGAUGGGAUGCUGUUAACUGUUUCUGUUUCCUUAUUUUAAACCCUGUUAUUUGAAAAAAAAAUUAAGAAGUGUUUUAAACUUUUACAUUUUUGUGCCUUGCUAAUCUUUCUUAUAACUUUUGUUAAAAAAUACACACACGCACACACACACACACACACACACACACACACACACGCACUGCUUAUAUUUCCAUGUUCAGUAAUUAGUGAGAGAAUUUGCUUACAAGUAACGUUGAGGCUAACAAAUGGGUAUCUGUAUAUAUGUAUACUGUACGUUCAAAUCUCUGUGUACAAUGACAAUAUGAAUUAUUCGUGUUCGUGUACAACUCUGUUCUGUGAUGUGGAUAAUUAUAAGCCUUAACGUGCUACCUUGCAUGGUUGAGAGUAUACCAACUCUUCAGAAAUAAACAUAAUUUAUUGAAAA